UUACACGGAUUUAUAAAAAGUGCGCACCCUUCCUGUCCGGAGUUGUUGCUAUUAUUUUGAUCAGGUUUGGUCAUGUAUCGAAAUGUUUUGGGUAGACUGGUGACAGAAACAGUCCGUGUUCAUGUAAAGAAAACACAUUUAAUAGAGAGGGUAAGAGCUGCCGCCGUGUCUGUCAGGACGUUUUCUGAUGUGAAGGACGGAGUGCAGCAGCCUUUCGACGCCUCCCUGCUUCACUUCCUAGUGUGUCCUCUGUCCAAGAAGCCACUUAGGUAUGAUGCUGACACCAAUGAGCUGAUCAACGAGGAUCUUGGCAUCGCCUAUCCUAUCAUUGACGGUAUCCCCAACAUGAUCCCGCAGGAAGCCAGACUGAUACAGAAAGACACCUUAACUACACCAACGCAGGGAUAGAAACUCCAUCGCAACUGCACCUUCAGCUGACCACAGACUGGAAGGUUUUUGUUUUGAAGGCUAUUGUUCUGAAUGAUACAGUACUUAAUACUGUCAUCACAUCCUGAUCAACUCUGUCCUUUUGAAUUGCUGUACAUUGAGGACUCAUACAUAACUCUUAUACAUGUAAUAGAUCACCUCAGAAAUUCACCAACCCUGUAGAAGACCUCUUCUGCAAGUAUGUUCUCUCUGUCCAUGAUGGUGGGAUUGGUCCCAGUAGUAUCUCUGUUUGGUUUGUUCUACUCUGCUGCGGUGGAAGAGAACUUUCCACAAGGCUGCACCAGCAGCAACAGCCUGUGUUUCUACAGCCUGCUGCUGCCCGUCACUAUCCCCGUCUAUGUCUUCUUCCACCUCUGGAGCUGGAUGGGGAUCAAGCUCUUUAGACACAACUAGGCUCUUCUGACAUGCUCUGUAACAGGAAGUCUUUACUGGAAAACACUUCCAGUACGAUGAAAUCAUCUGUUGGAUAUGUUGCUUGGAUUUCCCGGCAGGAAACUGCUGUGAUAUGUUUUCAUUGAGAGUAGAUCCAUUACAGGAUUAUGGAACAGAACUACAAU